AUGCCUUCCUUAUCUCGUUUAUACAAGACAGCAUCCGCAGCUGCAUUGAUACUUGCAGCAACAACUACCAGUGCUGCUGAAUCAGCCUCCUUCUUUCAACAAUCCGUCCAUGGUUUGAGCAACAUUUGGCACCAUGGUCAGCAAGCGAUUAUCGGCCAAAGUGUAUCUCAUCAUGAUUGUGGCAGCUCCAACAUCGACCAUCAUCAUGACAUGGAUACCGGAUUGCCAUGGCAACAAUCGCCCGAAGAGGAACAACAACGUCAAGAUGGCUUUUUAAAGUCAUUUUCACAUCCUGCUUUUCCAGAAUAUUCAAUGCGUUACAAGACACCUGAGAUCUGUGAUCCUAGUGUGAAGCAGAUCAGCGGCUAUCUUGACAUUGAAUCCGACAAACACUUUUUCUUUUGGUUCUUCGAAUCACGCAACAACCCACAAGAAGAUCCCCUUGUGUUAUGGCUCAAUGGCGGCCCUGGAUGCUCAUCCAUGUUGGGUCUUCUUACUGAAUUGGGACCAUGCCGAGUAAAUGAAGAUGGAAGUGGUACGACUUUGAAUGAAUACUCGUGGAAUAACAAUGCAAGCGUCAUCUUCUUGGAUCAGCCAUUGAAUGUAGGAUACUCUUAUGGCAAGGGCGGCCCACUCGAUUCAGUCACUGCAGCCAAGGAUGUCUACGCUUUGCUUCAAUUGUUCUUUAAGGAGUUCCCUCAAUACGCUGAUCUUGAUUUCCACGUUGCUGGUGAAUCAUAUGGUGGCCAUUAUGUUCCUGCCAUUGGUGGCGUGCUCAACCGCAACAACAAGGCCAAGCUUGGCGCCUCAUCUUCUGAAUUGAGCGCAUGGACAUCCACCCUUUCUACGAUCAACCUAAAGUCACUUUUGGUGGGCAAUGGCUUGACAAAUCCACUCAUCCAAUACCAGUAUUACUCAAAGUACGCAUGUGGAAACUCUUAUGGACCUGCAUUGGAUCAAGAAGUAUGCGACAAGAUGGAUGACAAGUAUCCAGCAUGCGCCAAGCUUAUUGAAGAUUGCUACGCCUCACAAAACGUGCUUGCUUGUAUGCCAGCUGUCAUCAAAUGCAACCAUGACAUGAUCGAGCCAUACCAGAAGAGUGGCAAGAAUCCUUAUGAUGUCCGCAAAGAUUGUGUAAACAGCAAUUUGUGCUACGAUAUCAUCGAAGGCAUGGAGACCUACUUGAACCGCCCUGAUGUCAUGUCGGCUAUUGGUGCACAAGUGCAAAAGUACACAAACUGCAAUGAUGGUUUCGGCAGCCAAUUCAGCGCACAUGAUUGGAUGCGUCCCUAUGUUGAUGAAAUUGCACCCCUCUUGGAAGAUGGAAUCCGUAUUCUUAUUUACGCUGGUGACGCUGACUUUAUCUGCAAUUGGAUGGGCAACAAGGCUUGGGUCAUUGAGUUGCCUUGGAGUGGCCACGAGGAAUUUGCAGCUGCCGAGGAUACGCCAUGGUUCUCAACUACUGCAAACGAGCAAGGUGGUGAGCUUCGUCGUACAAAGGAUGGUCGAUUUGCCUUUUUGCGUGUCUUUGAUUCAGGCCAUAUGGUGCCCAUGGAUCGUGGUGAUUAUGCCAUUGACAUGCUAAACAACUGGUUGCACGAAGAGCUUGUUUAA